CAACCACAACCACCACGGCCAGAACCGCACAACCACCGCCCUCUGUCUACCACUGUCUCCUUCACAGGCCCAUCACACUCUCUGUUGGACCAUUGAUUGCUCUGUGGCUCUGUGUCAUAUUUUGUUUCACUGUGAAAGUAUCUAUUACACCAAUCACUAAUUAGAAGCCCCCCUGAAAACUGCUCCGUAUUCGUCCGAUCUCGGUCCAAACCCCCUUUUCAAGUUCCGAACUGGUAGCAAGAUCCAGGUUCAACCACCCUCACCUUCACAAUGCCAGGAGUUCCCCCCGAUGCUCUCGAUCAGCUGAAGAAAGGCUUCAAAAAAUUCUUCCUGCGCAGAAAGAAGAAGAACGCAACCAAGGAUGAUGAGCAACCCGCGCCGCCUGCUGAAAACAAGCCGGCUGAGACGCCCACCGCGCCUGCGACCGAACCAACCCAAACCUCACCACCUCCUGCCGCUCCAGCGGCUGCUCCAGUAGCUCAGACUCCCGAGGCUACAACCUCGGGCGCCCCGGCUACCGAAGGCGGUGCUCCUGCUCCACAGCCCAGCCAGGCUCCAGAGACCACCACGGCUCCAACCACUGAACCCGCUCCGACAGCGCAGCCGCCUACGCAACCUGCAGCAACCGACGCCCCUAAAGAAGCUGCUCCCAAGGAAGAGCCUCCUAAGGAAGAGACUCCUAAGGAACAGACUCCUAAGGAAGAGCCUCCUAAGGAAGAGACUCCCAAGGAAGAGACUCCCAAGGAUCCUGCUCCUAAGGAACCAGCGCCUGAGGAACCCGCCCCCGCGGAACCACCCACACAAGCGUCAGCCGCCCCAACUGAGACUCCCUCUAAGCCCGCGGAGCCCACACCGGCUCCUGAGGCGAAACCUGCUGAAACUCCCGUAGCCACGGAAUCCGCAGCAACUGCACCCGCCAAAGAAGAGGAAAAGCCAGCGCAACCCGAUGCCACGCCGGAAACAAAAGCACCGGCUGAGAGUGAAGCUCCCAAAUAAUCAAAUGAGUACCUUAGUCGAAUCGACAUUACGUCUGCAAUGGAAGGCUUGCCGAUUGUGCGCCGGGGAACGGCCUCAGUGAUACCACUAAGCGAAGUUAUGAUGGCUCUGUUACGGAUUUUCUUGCCUGAUACCCUUUCCUCCAAUGUAUAUUCUUUUAGCCGUUUCGCUUGCUGUAAAUUACAUUUUGCGUAAUGCCGGCUC